AUGCCCUCGCCGCCCCUCUCGAUCAUCCAGUCACUGUCGCCCCGCGUAGCUGUCCUCGCCAGUGACGACGUCAACGACUCGUGCAACGCCAACGGCUGCAAAGGCCUCGAAGAGCUUCUUCGGCCAUGGGAGGGCGGCACGGAGCGGGAUGAGGACCAGCAAUACCCCACGACGCGCGCUCUGCUCCUGUCGUCCCGCCCACUUGCGCCGCAUGAGACGUUCAACCACCCCGUCGGCGUCAUGAUCGCGAUCUCGACCACGACGCCGGACCCGAUGGGCACGCUGACGAGUCUGUAUGGCCAGGCAGUCGGAACCGGUGCGCAGGCGGCCCCUUGGAUGGACGGCGUGCAGGUGCUCAAAUUCUUCGUCGUCGUGCACGACGUCGCGAAGGCGGGCUCAUCGCUCGUCAAGGCCGAGGAGCUGCUUGCCAACGUGAAGAAGGCGUACGGGCCGCACUCGACUCUGCUUGUUAUCAACUCACGGCAACAGGCGGGCGACGUCUCGACGGACGUGACUACUGCCGAGGGUCCGGAUAGCCAGGGCGACGCCGGCGCGCUGUCCCAAAUCUACGCCAACGCACUCUCCUCGUUAACGUUAUCGCCCAUGGGCGCUGCGGCUCAGAUGGAGGAAGACGGCCCGCCGAAGACGUACGCCAGCCUCCUGACGUCUGAGGACAUCCAGCGCCUCAUGGCGCUCGUACGUGAGCUCGUCGUCCAGAGCCUAGUCCCAUGGAUGGAAGCUAGAAUUCGCGAGUGGAACGAGGCAUACCAGUCGUCUCGCCGUGGACUGACGGGACGGCUCUUCGGUGCAGGACGGAAGCUCUUCUCCUCACGCCCCUCUAGUCCUAGCACUACUACGGGGCCAGCGGGCUACAACGCCAUCAAGGGUUACUACCCGGUCAACUCGCCCGAUGGACUCUCACGCCGCCUCGCCGACUUUGCUUUCAUGCUCCGUGACUACCGAUAUGCUGCCGGGGUGUACGACUCGCUCCGGAGAGACUACGUUCAAGACAAGGCGUGGCGGUACGCAGCGGCUGCGAACGAGAUGGUCGGCUUGUCACAGCUGCUGUCCAACGCAUUCUUCCUCCCGAACACCCCGCCCGGCUCCAUAGUCCCCUUCACGACACUACAGCACACCGAGAUUUCGACGUGCCUCGAGAACGCAGUCAUCUCGUACUACCAGCAUGGCCCACCUGGACACAUCCAGCUGGACGCUCUGCGCGCCACCGUGCUGUACUACGAGGCCUGGAAGGCUAUUCAGGAGUGGCGCGGUGUGGGCUCAGCACUCGUCAAGGGUGCAGGCGAGGCGGACGAGGUACCGUGUGCUGUCCUUGUCGAGGAGGCUGCCGCCGCCGACGUUAAGGGCGGAAAGAGCAAACGCGGCAGCCGACGACAAUCGCUUCACCUCGUCAUGGCGGCGAAGAAGUACGAGAAGGCUGGGUACAAGGCUUUCUCGCGGCGGUGUCUCGAGCAAGCGGCGUCGCUCAUGCGCGGCGCGCCGUGGAAGGCUGCGCUUGACAACCUCGAGUACGCCCUUGGACGACAGGCGUACACGCUUGGCGAGAGCGCGGUUGCCGUCGAGCACUUCCUCCGUUUACUAAAACGCGAGGACACCAGCUCGCCUGGUCAAUCAAUGGUGCUUGAGGACAUGGCGCUCGCGUACGAGCACCUCCAGAACCACCCCGAUCAGCUGGAGGCGGCCAAGGGCAAGCUCAAGCUUCCGACCCCCAUCUUUGACAUCUCCAAGACGAAGAUCCUCCUGCCGGAGGCCUCGUCCGAGCACAGCACUGAAGGUUGGGAGAUACUUGAGAAGAAGGCGCUGGCGAACUGGGACCGCAAGGGCAAGAAGCCGCUGAGCAUUCUUCCGGAUCCCAGGAAGAUCGCCGCUUGCGUGGGAGAAACGUUAUGCGUCGAGCUCAUUGCCAGCAACCCACUCAAUGCCCCCAUUGUCCUCGAAAACCUGACUGUCGGCGUCGAGCCGGCGGCGGCCGUCGAGGUGCAGACGAUCGACGAGGUCGCUCUUGCGCCGUAUGAGACGGGGGCGAUCCGGCUUGCCAUUACACCCAAGGCUGAGGGACCAUUCACGGUUGCAAACGCGACAUUCACCUUCCACCGCUUCCUCCCCUGCGUAGAGAGUCUCGAGCGCAAGGGCAAGCGCCUGUUCGCUACGAAACAGCAACGUCUCAAGCCCAUGUACGCCAAGGACACGUCACUGACAGUGCAUGCCGAGGCGACUCGGCCGCGGCUGGAGAUUGAGCUCACCGGUGUACCAGGGAGUAUGUUCGAGGGGGAGCUCGUCGAUGCCGAGAUCACACUGCGAAAUAAGGGCACACUCGGUGUCGAGAACGUCGGGCUCAUCACGAACCACUACGGCGCCAUCGUCUCGCGUGAGUUAUCUCAGACCAGUCAUCAACUGACAGCAGAUACCUCGCAUUCAAAUACCCCCGCAUCGAUACCCAACCGCCUCCAGCCCAUCGCUCCUGUGCCGCUGUACGAUGGCGUGAUCGAAGCGGGCAAGAGUGUCACGGUUCCCGUUGUUUUCACAGCGGUGGCCCCGGGCGCGCUGGACGUCAAGGCGCUUGCCAUCUUCUCGGCGGCCGGCACCGACGUGCUCGGAUGCUCCCGGGUGUCGCACGCGGCUGAGGUGCGCAGGGCUCUUGCGAUCAGCACCGAAGUCGCACCGGCAAGGAAGGGAUACUUCCUGGCUGUCACCGUCACGAACCACGCCGACGUACCGCUCGAGGUUACGGGCCUGAGCGCUGUGUCGGAGUACUGGCAACUUACGUCGCCGGCGGAUGUGUCGCCAGAGCCGCUACUGCCGCAGCAGACGCAAAGACUUGUGCUGAGCGUGCAAUCAGGAGGCGCAAACGUGGAUCUGACGCAGACUCGCCUGGUAUCAAACCUCAGUCACGUCCUCGCCGGCCGACCAGAGGCGAUCGAACCCAUCGAGCCUGGAAGCGUCAAGCUGCAGGUUCCGACGGCAGAGUACCUUCGCGCCAGGCGAGCAUGGCGGUUGCGCUUUGCGACGGAGCACUUCCCGACGCUGCCACGGGAGCUUGUGCCUCGUAUCCUGCCGCUUCUGGACCCCCUCGAGCUCGACCUCGUCGCCUCCUGGGCGGCUGAGAACCGGUAUGGCUUUGCGUGCGCGCAUGGCAUCCGCCCAGCGCCGGCCUUCAGUCUUGUCGAGUCUCUGCGCGGCGGCGAGUCAACGGCCAAGCGGACAAUGUACGAGGAGACGGGACGACAGAUGCGCGCGCUCAACGAAGCGGUGCUCGAGGGCGUGUUCGCGGACGAGGCGGAUCCGCUACUCGUGCGGACAAGGGUGCCUUCUGCUAAGCAGGGACGAGUAACCCACGACUUUGCCAAGGGAUCUUUAUCGCUCCCCGUCGAGCUCGAGCUCGAGAACCGAAGCCCGACGCUCCCUGUCCGCUGGAUCCUAAACCUGCCCCAGGGUUCGGUGUACACCGGUACACUGUCACAUCGGGGCACGAUCCCGGCCGGCGGCCGCGCAAGCGUCAAGACGCACGCGUGGGUGUGCGAGCCUGGGCGUGUGCCGCUCGGCGGCUGGGAAGUAAUCCGAGAGACUGGCGACGCCGAGACCGACGGCGAGUGGGUGCCGCGCAUGAGCUGGAUCGGUGCUGGCGGCGGCAGCGUGGAGGUCGCCGCGGCGUAG